AUGACCUGGAAAGUGAACUUCACUGCCUGGUGGAGGUAUUGGGCUGGGGGCUUGGGUGCGACGAGAGAUUUCAAGCGACUUGACGAGAUUCUACCUUCUAGGAUCAAGGAUUUGGAGGAUUGGAUGAAAAAGACACAGUAUGACGGUAGUCCACGGUCUGUACUGAAGAUCUGGUUCUACAAAGAACCCCAAGAAGGAUGGGCAUUGGGCAUAUACUUCCCAGUAGACUGCUGA